GAAUGCCAAAUUUAUAAAUGUGCCCUGGGUUUGGCCUUUCCCUUCAGUUUGUUGCGGAAGUGAGAUGCGGCUCAAUCAUGUUCACGUAUUCAGUGGUUCUACUGCUCGCCGCCCUGACAUUUUUUGACAAACAGCGAAAAAUUACAUGCGCGGAGUCUUACAGCAAGGAAGGUGGGACUAUUGUCUAUUAUUCUCCAGCUGGCCCUAAAGCUAAAGGUAAAGAAAACGCUAACGGACAAAGACCUGACACUCCAGCAGCGCCAACAAAUGUACGUGCAUUGCCAACUUGCGACAGUCACGUAGACGUCACGUGGUCGUACUCUGAUGAAUCUGCGACGUCGUUCUGGCUUCAAAUGUGUAUGGCAGGCAUCACAACCUGCCAGACAGCAAAUGUGGGCAAAGGCACCAGAACGUUUACUUUCCACGUGGGGUCGACAGAGAACACGUAUGAACUUUCAAUAUGGGCAUCACGUGGAGUGUCCACUCAAGCUGUCAACAGCACCCGUGUGACCGUCAAGGUCACAACGUUCCCUUAUGUUCCCUUGAUGGACUCGGUCAGUGUGAGUGCGGUGACUGCAAGCACGCUCAGAAUCUCAUGGACGGCGGAAUGGAAGUACCAACUGCGUAUCUCCGUCUGCUCAUUGGAAGGUCUGAAAAAACGUUGCAAUGAGCACUUCGUCGACGGCUUGGCGCAUGUUUACACAAUCCGUGGACUGAACUCCAGCACGCUGUACGAAGUUGACACGACCGCCCAGGUGACUCGCUAUGGGCUGACUUGUACCGGUCCUGUGUUUGAACAGGACGUGACAACAUUUUCUUCGGAUAUAGGUCCCGUGCGAAACCUGAACUACAAGGUCAUUAAUGUCACGGUGAUCUCUGCAAGCUGGGAUGAGCCUUCCGAUGCUGAUGAGGUUGACGGCUACACUAUGGCUUGUAAAAGUCAUGCCAGCGGCCAGUCUACGACUGCUGAAUACCUUCACCCCGGCAAUGUGAGCUUUGUCUUGGACGUGAAGGAGCAGCUGGCGAAUUUCAGCUGCACGGUCAACGCGUUUGCAACGAGAGAAAGCGGACGUCAAGAAGGCCUGCCUGCUGUAUUUGACGUAGCAACUGACGGCAUAGCUGCGCCCCGUGACGUCACCCUCGUGAAUGCCACAAAGACCAGCCUCACUUACUCAUGGUUGGCAGAUCCCAGCGCAAGGAAGUGCCGAAUUCAGGUCAAAGCAAUGUCUCCUAAUUUUGCUGCUGCACAUGCCACAGGCUGGCUCUCCGAAGUAGCCGACUCUACAUUCAUCGAACGCACGGUGUUCCGUCUGUCGCCAGGAACGUUAUACGAAAUAUCCAUCCAAAACUGUGCAGACUACUGCGGUUUGCCAACAGUCAUCAGGAGCUUGACAGAUGUCGAUGCGCCUUCUCCUGUCGGGCAGCUUCAAUCCAAUCUGAAAGGCUUUUCGGACGUCGUACUGACUUGGGCACGACCCCAAAAGCCAAAUGGACCGAUUGACGGAUACACUAUCGAACUAUGCAACAAGGACUCGAACAAAACUUACAUCCAAACUGUUGACCGGGAAUCACUGUUUCUUAGUGUUCACCUACACGAUCAUUUCACGCACUACAAGGCGUCCGUCUCUGCCUACAAUAUUGAUCAUGCUCAUAAUGCGACACUGCUUGGAGCUGCAGGCAGCAUAGACUUCGUCACUCUUGGAGAAGGCCCGUUUCCUCCCCUUCCUAAAGUUGAAACCGUCGAAGAACGUCAAGUCGCGCUGUUCUGGAAAACGCCCCAUGACCCAAGAUACAACAUAACUCAGUUUUGCGUCUCCGCUAUGGGAACCACGUGUUCCUUUACUCCAGACAAUCGCUAUGCUCUAUACGAACUGCUGCCAUAUCAGAAAUACACUGUUAAUGUGUCUUCUUGCAACAGCGUGAGGUGCGGGGAGGCACGCUCCGUCGACUUCGUCACUGAUGUUGGAGUUCCGUCUCUUCCCAGAAGCUUAACACUCGAGUCAUUGGGAACAUCUUGGAUUGAAAUGAAAUGGCAAAAUCCUGAAACCCCAAGUGGUCCCAUUAGCGGAUACAUCAUUACAUGGAGCCAUGGAGAGGAACACAUUACGGCCACCACUAAUGAAACCGUGUUCAACGUGACAUGCUUGAAACCAGGGAGCCUCUACAGUAUAUCUGUCUAUGCAUUUAACGAUGGGCGUCAGCGAAGAAAGCGUGGCCCCGCAUCACUUCUAAACGUGUCUACAGAUUCGGAGCGAAUACCACUCGAAGGUACAUCGACCUCCACGAUAGCGACGGUAGUCACAACAUUGUUCGUGGUGACACUUGUCGCAUCGGCUUACAUCACAUUUCAAAAAAGAAGACAAAGAAAGCUGGCACGAUCUGUGGAGGAGUUUGACUGCCACCCUCUGGUGUCCGAAGAAACAUCACAAUCACCGAGAAAGUACAUCUCAAACUGCUUUUCUUCGAGCCUAUGAAUCCUGCCUAGAGAGAGAGAGAGAGAGAGGUAGAAAAGAAGGAGGUCUCAUGGCGUCUAGAUUAGCAGUCCCAAGCAUUUAUCUGUUGAAGGAGCUGCAAAAACAGCAUAACGCAUUGUGUUUAUUAUUGAAAAGACUUUCUCGCCUGGUAUGCGUCUGGAAGAUCACAUAGGAUCCAGUAUUUAUGCAUGUGCCAGCUCUCCUAGGUCACUUAUCUUUAUAAAUAGGGUAAUAAAGAGGACGUGCUAUCUUUUGUCUA